CAUGAGCGUAGCACCUUCAGGCCAAAUAAAUUGGAGCGGACGGAGAGGGAGUUGUCUGUGUUCUUGACAUGCUUGGUUCCCAUAAGAUACCUGUACGUAUGUAAUGUGGUGGUCGCCUUGAUUCGAACCCGGAUUUACCGUCAAAGUUUCACUGUUGAACUUGAAGUCCGCGAGCGACAUCGAGUCGCGUCGGGCUUGGCAGCGGAACUGCUCUGGGUUCGUCAACCUGAGGUACAUUUUCCGAACCCAACAUUCACCGACGCGUUCAUUUGCUCUUUCCACUUUACUACCGCUUCGUGAGAUGGUGGUUUGUCCGUUGUGCGACGAAGAAUUAUGCAGUGGCCUUUAUGAGUAAAGUUAAGCGACCACCUUGUCAUCUCACCAACCCAGAAAGUGGCCCUGCGGUGCAAGCUCCUAUACCAUGCCACCCACAGAAUCGAAGCGUGAGAAAGCCAGAGAGGUGGUUGACAUUCUCGAGGAAAUCUCAGUCUUGCUGAAUACUCAACUGGACAGGACACAAUUGUCUCUCUGCGUGUCUCUCAUCGAGAAUGGUGUCAAUCCCGAGGCUCUUGCAACCGCCAUCAAAGAACUGAGACGGGAAACUCAACACCUACAGCAGAGAUCUGGCGCGUCUGAAUAGGGUCGGAAGGACCGUGCCUCGCCAACGUCCUCGCUUUUCAAUGGGCAUGCAUAGCUACCCUUUAGCGAAGCGGUGAAAAAGUGCUUGGUAACAUCAUCACUACAGGAUUGUUAUGAUAGCGCAAACGCGUUUCCUACAGCCGUUGGACAUGUUCUGCAUGAGGGACAAGGCCAAAAGCCCACUGCUCAGGGUGUCACUGCAAAGAGACAGUCACAGAAUUCAGAGUAUGUAGCGAGUCUCGGAUAUGAUCCUCUAUGAAUGCUCCAACUGAUCUCGUUUGCUCUGUUGUUGUCGCCAGAAAAAGAGCCAUGCCUCAGUGUUUGUUGUUUGUGUUUCCUCUCAGAUCACAGCAGGCCCCAGUCCUCCCUCCAGUGGGUACCUAGGUAACAAUGUAGGCUAAUUUGCCUUAGUCAGCUAUUAGUUGCAGAACUCCUCCAACUCAAGCUGCAGGUUGUGCAGGAUGCGUUCAAGUUGGGUUCAGUAGUAGGAAAUGGAAUGACGUAGUAGACUAGGCAACAUUAUUAUGAAAGGGUCCUGGAACUUGGAAACCCUGAAAUGAACCUGAAAUACUACCAAGGUACGAUCCGAAAUGUGGCUGACACGCCAAUGGACAAGACCCACCGCCAGCGCCGUUAUAGAAUCCUUGGUUCAACAACGCGUCUACUGGCCCAGAAACGCUGGAGGCUGGCCUUCAAAAAGCGCCCAUGGCAGCGCUUACCACGGACGAAUUGCUCGUAAUUGCUCCGUUCAAAGUUGAUCCAAACCAUUGGUUGUGAAGGCUUACUACCAGCAAUACUCUAGCAGCAUACCUGCAAGAGGCAAGACACAGCUUCCAAGCCCUGUUCCCCUUGUCAAAGUGCCCAGUCAGGGACCGGAACUCAGAUGCCCGUCCUCAAGCGCAACCUUCCAACCGCCCCCAUUAUGACCAUAGAGACUCUACACCGGCGUAUUCUGUCCAUGUAGAUCAUCCAAGGUAGGUGGUAGCAGGGGAAUGUUGAUGCCUGUUUGUAUUAAUCUCCCCUUGACCGUCCACGCUGGCGACCGCGCUGCUUCUUCACAGCAAACAGCAAGUGGCAUUCUUGUUGGCAGUACCUUGAGCGAAGAUUUGGACCUUAUCAACGAAUUUAUACACUUGCUGCAAUUGAUACCUGCGAUAUCUGUCAUUUUUCAUCUGUGCGGGCAGUAUGCGGCUGUCAUCCAUCUUCACAUUGGCUUGUGCGCUCGCCGCAUUGGUACUCUCUCUUCUGUGUUUGUUCGCAGGUUCCGACAAAUCUUUCUUGCAAAGUACAGAUUUGUUGACGCUCAACAUAUCUCGAAUCGGUCACACGAGUGUUUUCAACACUUCCGAUGGCGACGGCGGUUUCUUCGACAACCUCGUCAAUGACGUCGAGGGGGACCUCAACAGCCUCAUAAGCGAUGUAGGCUCCGAUGUUGCUCAAGCGUUGAAUCUGCCCGAUUUCUUCAACGUCCAUGUGCUGGACUUCUGCCAAGGCUCUUAUGAGCCCAACGGCACGGUGCACCACGCUCGCAAGAACAUCACGGAAUGCUCGAAUCGAACGGCUCUGUUCCACUUCGAACCCACCAAGACCAUCCAAGAAAAGCUGCCCUCAGGCAUCACGCUACAGGAUAUACAUUGGUCACAAAAGAUUGAGGACGCCGAGCAUGCCCUGAAGAUAGCCAGCAUGGCAAUGGUGGUGCUUUAUAUCAUCGGCAUUGUCUUUGCGGGCGUUGCUGUUCUGACGGCGAUUUGGAGCAUUUUGGCUGCUAGACGAUUGCCGGCAAUGAUAAACUUCGUGAUUGAUAUGCUGGCGUUCCUCGCCAUUGGCAUAGCCUCUGCCCUAGCCACGGCGAUAAUCGUUGAAGCUGUCGAUAACAUCAACAAAUACGGCCGGGACAUUGGCAUAGCGGCAUACAAAGGUUCGCGGUUCCUGGGAAUGACUUGGGCAGCAGUGGCGGUUAUGUUACUCGCGGCCAUCUUUUCUGUCGCCCAAGUCUGCAGCGGUGGGAGCCGCAAGCGAGUCCGAUAAGUUCCAGGGAUAGCCUGUUUUGGUGGAUAGGAUUGCGCACCUGGGGUCUCCGUUGUCCUUGACAAGGUACCUGUGCGCCUCAAAGGGGCAUGACGAGACUGACUUUCCACCCCAGGCCUGCCUAACUUUGUAGCCUAUUGAAUCUAGAUAGCCCUUACCAUAAUCAAGCUUCCAAAACCG